UAGUCACACACUUAUUCACAAACUCACUUACACUCAUAGUCACACACUCACUCACACACUCACAACUUCUGCGGGAAAUGUUACAAUUGUCUGGAUUGUGUUUUUUUCCCCAACUUUAUUCUCCUUAUUCAUAAGACUCAAUGAAAUACACGUUCCUGUAAUUACACAAGGGGUGCGGGGAGUACUGAGCCUGCUGGGAGUUGCUGCACAGACACACGUUCAUUUCCCCUUUUUCUGUAUAAAUAUCACCCAGGCGUUUAGCCCCAUAGAGCUUACAAUCUAAAGCCUCAGGGGACUGUUAUACUCAGCUGCUUUUUUAUCAAAAUCGGGGAUAAAACAAUGAAAGUCCUUGGUCUGUAUUUAGUUAUUAUGUGAGUCCAAAUUCCCUUAUUAAACAUGAUAGAAAAUACCCUGUGCUGUAGGGCUGGUUUAUCUCUGGAUACUUCCCUCUAUCCUUCCUCUCCUAUUGUCUGUCUCCAGCUCACCCCCUGCCUUAUCCAAUAUGAUCCCUGUAAUACUGUAUAGUACAGACACAGCCAGAGACAGACCCUUAUCUUAUUAUUCAUAGGUGGGGGCGCUGUUCUUUUCUACUCUAUGGAAGGGAUUCCCCUGCAGGCUAAAGAUUCCUGUGGCACCAGAUAUAGGAAACACUGAGCAACACUCGUCUGUGGAUCCCCUGGAAUUUCAGGCAGAAGUUUUAACGGAAGCCGUCGCAUGUAAAGGUGUCAAGAAAUUUUAAACUCAUAAGAGAAAACCAAACUGGAUCAGGAAUUCCAUCUCGGGUUUCCAGCUCUGAUUGGGAAAACAAAUUUCAAUUUAAAAAAAUUAUAGGUUCUGCAGGCAUGCGGAAGUCAACUGGUAGAUAUCAAACUAAGAAGAACACAAUUUUGGGAAAAUAACCAUCGGCUUAGUCGAGUACGGACACCAGUGUGGUGUAGCCGUUAUAUCCGACUUGGAAGAGGCGGAGGAUUUAAAUUAAACGAUGGCUUUCAGGCGACUGAGGAAUUUUAAGAUAUUUUUGUCUGUAGGAUUUGCUGUGUUCUUCAUCAUGACUUACAUCAGUUUCAAUGACAACGGCAAGUCCACUUCCUUGUACAAGUUCCCGGAGCAACUGUGGAGGUUCAUGAUGAGCUCCAGGAGACAAUGCGGCUGUGAUACUUGUGUUGCAGAGCCAGAAGGAUCUACCUGGUUCGACGAGAGAUUGAAUCUGUCCAUCUCUCCAUUGCUGACCAAACAAAAUAACGUGAUACCGGAGAGUGUGUACAAGUGGUGGUUGACUCUGCAGGGUGAGAAAAAACCCAAGGACAUUUAUGAAGUUAUGGAGGAAUUAUUCAAAGUCAUUCCCGGAGAUUUUGAUUUGAUGGAUCAGAGCCCAUACCGCUGUCGAACGUGCGCCGUGGUGGGAAACUCCGGGAACUUGAAGAGCUCUUAUUAUGGGCCAGAGAUUGAUGAACAUGACUUUGUCUUGAGGAUGAACCACGCCCCGACGGCUCGUUUCGAACAAGACGUUGGGAGUAAAACCACUCACCACUUUGUCUAUCCCGAGAGCGUCAGGGACUUGCAGGCCAACGUCAGCAUGAUCCUUAUCCCUUUCAAGACUCUAGACCUGCAAUGGAUAAUCAGCGCACUCACUCACGGGACCAUCAACCGAACGUAUAUUCCUGUCCCGCGGAAAGUCCGGGUCUCCAAGGAGAAGGUUCUGGUAUACAGUCCGGAGCUGAUGAAGUACGUGUACGACAAGUGGCUGUUAAAUCAUGGCCGAUACCCAUCCACCGGCCUUCUGGCUGUCAUAUUUGCCCUCCACGUCUGCGAUAAGGUGGACAUCUACGGAUUUGGGGCCGACAGCAAAGGUAAUUGGCAUCACUACUGGGAAAACAAUGCCUCAGCCGGAGCUUUUCGAGUGACCGGAGUCCACGAUGGAGAUUUUGAGGCGAGCAUUUUAGCAAAUCUGACUUCCAUCAACAAAGUGCUUAUGUUCAGAGGCAGAUGACCCUAGAGAAAGGCCGGUUGUGGAACCUAUAUUUAUACGGACGAGGCAGGCAUGGACCUCUCUAAGGAGAAUGUGAUUGGGCGCAUUCUAAAAGUCAAUCAAAAGCAAGAACCCCUGCCCAAAAAGUUCAUAAUGGAAGAUGCCUCCUGACAUAAGCAAAGCUGAGAAAAUAACGCAGUCGCUGUGUAUGGACAUUAGGAAACCAGCAGUAACGUUCAACUCAACUGCAGCCUCGGCUAGACACUGGACCUCCUCUUCUCUCCUGUAGGGAAUUGGUCAAGUCCAUGGUGAAGACAUACAGAACCGGAUUAUACAUUACUUGUAACGUUCCAUUUAUAAGGUUACCAUUGAUUACUGGUCAUGGUCUUUCCGUCCUUGCUUAGUGAGGCUUGGCCUCCACAAAAGGACACCAUCUCCUAUAUAUUUAUUUUUAAAAAAAAACCUUCAAUUAGCACUCUCCUCAAAUAAAAAAUUCACCCACCAGCUGCUUCUGGUUAACGUGGAAAAAGAUAAUGAAGAGUUUGCUGCCCCCUAUGCUGUCAUAGCCAGAGGUCUUCUAGUGACUAUGGCCACCACCCUUGAACCACUAUAUUCUUAACUACGUGGCACUAAGUUGAAGGGGGGUUUUUGCGCUGCAUCUGGGAUAUGUUUGCUUUUUGUUUUGUUUUUUAAUUUGGAUAGAAAAAUUAUUUUUUUAAAAGAUUUCUUCUAAAAGGAAUGAGUGGUAACAUUUCAUCCUCAACCCUUCUUGAGCCAUUUCAAGUUUUGCUGAAGCCUUAGACGUUCAGCUUGAUGUUUAUAUUGUAGACCUUUCUUCAGCCGGGGUCCAUUUCAUUUUUAGGGCCCAUACAGCAUAAUGGAUUUCUGGAUUUGGUUGCCCCGGAACUCUGGAACCCUCUCAACAGAACCAAUAUAGACAUUUCUUGGACAUUAAUAUUUCUAUUGUUGAAUAUUUUUCCAAAGGUUUUCCAGGCGUUUCAAUCUCAAUAUCUGAUUACACGCGGUUUAACUGUAUUUUUUUUAUCCAAGUAUUUAUUUUUAGGAAAGCUUUCAGGUUCUCACAAGUUUUAUCCAGAUGUAUUUAUUGUAGGGGCCCAAGCCUGAAGGGACAGCUUUUUUUUUUUUUUUUUUUAAUAACUUUUUUGGCCUGCAUUUUAAGGCUACGUUUGUAUUUCAUAGAAUAUUUCUUUGCAAGCAUCUAAGCACCACAUGGUUCCAUGUUGGAAGUCAAUUACUUUCUGUCAUCCACCCAUUUGGGCCAUUGGAGAUGCAUCGGGUGUAUUCAAGGCUGAAGUUCCUUCUAACAAAGGCCAGGUUGUAGGCAAAAAGAAUGUUGGCAUGGCUAAUAUGCUGUUAUUUAUAUAUAUAUGGUAGCACCAUUUUUGAGGUCCUCGCAUUUUAUUUCCAACUUGAUCAAUAUCCAAACGACUGAAUGAAAUCAAUUGUUGGCUCCAAUAAAUAAUGGACUGCAAACUGGUCAAGAAAUCAAGAAUUGGCAGUCAACAUGGACAUUUAGUUUUUGUAAAUAAAAUCCUUCUGUGAAUCUGCCCAGACCAAUAUACAGCAGAAUUUUGAGGGAC